AUGGCCGCCAUUGCUGGUGACACCGUAGCCGCGACACGCGCAGACGGCGUGGAUGAGAAGAGCGCCGCAAUCCAGGCUGUACAGGAAGAUGCUGCUAUUGCGACUGCACAAGUCGUGCAAGUUGAAGGCGAAGGCGGACAAGUCGACGAGACGCUCACAUCUCCCACGGAUGAGGAAUUGGUCACUCUGCGCCGCGUUCCCAACCACAUUCCCCUCAAGAUCUUCACAAUUGCUUUCAUCGAGCUUUGCGAGCGGUUCUCAUACUAUGGAUCUACAGUCGUGUUCACCAACUUCAUCCAACAACCUCUCCCACCAGGAUCGACAACCGGCUCAGACCCCAGACCAGAUGGCCAACCCGGCGCCCUGGGCAUGGGCCAACGCGCCUCCACGGGAAUCACCGUCUUCAACCAAUUCUGGCAAUACUUCAUGCCUCUCUUCGGCGCCUGGGUAGCCGACGCCAAAUGGGGACGCUACAAGACCAUCUCCGCAGCCUUGGGCGUCGACCUCUUCGGCCACUUGUUCCUCAUCCUGGCCGCCAUCCCGCCCAUCAUCGUCAAGCAGAGCGCCUCGCUGGCCUGUCUCAUCAUCGGCAUCCUCAUCAUCGGCUUCGGCACCGGCGGCUUCAAGCCAAACGUCAGCUGCUUGAUCGUCGAGCAACUCGGCGAGCAGCGCAUGUUUGUGCGCACCCUCAAGUCCGGGGAGCGCGUCAUCGUCGACCCGGCCGUCACCACGGAACGCAUCUACAACUGGUUCUACUUCUGUAUCAAUGUCGGCGCCCUGGUCGGCCAGCUGAGCAUGGUGUACGCCGAGGUUCAUGUGGGCUUCUACCUGUCGUUUACGCUGCCGACCAUCAUGCUGGGUCUUUGUCCGCUCGUCAUGCUCUGGGGGAGGAGGCGGUAUAAUCGUCGCGAACCUGCUGGCUCGGUUCUCGUGCCUGCUCUCAAGACGUUCAUGCUCGCUCAGAAGGGCCGCUGGUCGAUUAACCCUGUCCAGACGUACCGCAACUUGCAUGACGGGACGUUCUGGGAUAGUGUGAAGCCCUCCAAGUUUACCAACGAGACGAGGCCCAAGUGGAUGACCUUUGAUGACGCUUGGGUUGAUGAGUUGAGCCGCGGGUUCAACGCCUGCGCCGUGUUUUGCUGGUAUCCCAUCUUUUGGCUGUGCUACAACCAGAUCAACAACAAUCUCAUCUCCCAGGCCGCCGUCCUCCAACGGCACGGCAUCCCCAACGACGUCCUCUCCAACCUCAACCCCUUCGCCCUCCUCAUCUUCAUCCCCCUCAACGACUUCUUCAUCUACCCUGCCCUCCGCAAAGCCGGCAUCCGCUUCACGCCCAUCCGCAAAAUCACAGCCGGCUUCUUCGUCGGCUGCGCCGCCAUGAUCUGGGCCGCCGUCGUCCAGUACUACAUCUACCAAAAGUCCGUGUGCGGCUACAACGCCUCCGGCAAGAUGCCCGGCCCUGACGGCGAGUUGGUCGCCUGCCCCCCCGUCGACAUCAACGUCUGGGCCCAGACGGGGUCGUACGUGCUCAUCGCGCUGGCCGAGGUGUUCGCCUCCAUCACCUCCCUCGAGUACGCGUACUCCAAGGCCCCCAAGAACAUGCGCUCCAUGGUCCAGGCCGUGGCGCUGUUUAUGACGGCGUUUUCUAGCGCUAUUGGACAGGCGCUCGUGGGUUUGGCCGCUGAUCCGCUUCUUAUUUGGAAUUAUGGUGUUGUUGCUAUUUUGGCUUUUGUCGCGGGUGUGUGCUUUUACUUUCAGUUUAGGAGGCUGGAUAUUCAUGAGGAUGAGCUUAAUGAGUUGCCCGAGGGGGUGGUGGGCAAGGUUGAUGCCGAGUCGCCUUAUGCGUAUAAGGAGGAGAAGUAG